AUGGCGUUCUUCAGAAACCAUUUCGUCCAAGCGCCCGCAGCCCAUCACCGCGAACACCGUAAUAUUAUGGCGGCCGAGCAAGACACGCGGGCGGAGAGAGCGAACUCCUCGUCAUUUGGCGAGGCAAGGUCCGCGCAACAUCGCCGGUUUACCGUGAAGCACAAGCUGUACCGUUCUUCGUGCAAGCACAAUGCGUCUCUUCGGCUGCUGAAGCUCGACUUCCUGGCGUACCACCUGCUCCUGAGGCAGCCGUGGCUGGUUGCGGCGACCAAGCAGAUCCCGGAUGACGGCUCGCUGUCGGUGCCGGGCACGCUCGACGGCGUGAUGCCCAAGCGUACCCGCCGCAGGCGUCUCAUCAUGACUCGCCCGGAUGGCCGCGCCCGAGCUCACAUCCGGCGUUACGUGGGUGCAAACCUGCCCGACUCCGUGCAUGCCCUGGGCUCCGACGGCGAGCCUGCCGGUCCGACGUCGCACCUGCGCCGCUGCCAUGCGCACUUUUUCCUGGAUGCCUAUCUCAAGUCGGUUCUACAGAAUGGCGGCAUGCCCAAGGCGGCGUACUUCGGCGUGUUCGCGUUCGUGGAGAGGCGUUUGAUGCUGUACUUCGGCGGUCAGCUGCCUGACGUCUUCACUUCGGGGGCCUGUGCGCACCCGGGGGAGUCCGCAGCCGAGGAGGAUCUGACGUUGCAGCAGCUGGCGACGUACGUGCAGGGCACGGAAAACAUGCUGCACACUCUCUCCGGUAAGCCUGGAAUUUACGUGCACCUGCUGUUCAUCGCCAUGCUGAUCCUGUUGCGCAACCUGCGCCGCACCCUGCGUCGUCACCCGCCUACGGCCAUGCUCAUCGAGUUCACGCUGCUAUGCGCGGAGGCCCUGCAUUGCACCCACGAGUACGUGCACCGGGUCUGCAUCGCCCACUACAUGGAGUUUGCGCAUCGGCCGGGGGUCACAGUGCCGGCUCUCCCCGCCUCAAAGGCAGUAAGUUCGAACACUCCUGACACCGUGGAUCCGGACGUUUCCGCUCCAACGGGCGAUGGGGAGAAGGCGGAAGAAUCUCGCGAUCAUCCGCCACAUUUGCAAAACAACAGCCCCGCCAGAUGCUGGGAAGCGCCGCCCCAUCGUGACGAGGAGUUCAAGCGCAACAGGAACCUGCUCAUUACCUUCCGCGACGCGUGCAUGAAUUUCAAGCAGGCGCUCACCGUGCGCGGGCAACUGGCAUGGAAGGAGUACCGCGACGAGAUGGACUGCGAAGUAGCGUGUGAGCAAAACAGCGAACAGCAGCGCGGUCCCGAUGCCGGCGACUCGCAACCAGAAGGCACGAAUAUCGAUACCGUCUACCCUGAGGUUCCCUUUUCAAGCAACGUUUUUGCGGAAUUCAUCAACGUGGCUGACAAGCUGCUCUUCCAGUGGAGCAUAGCCCUCUGCAGGUACGCGUCUGAGGCCAACAGGGUCAUGCCGAACCCACUGCUCAAGGAGUACCGGUCGCUAGGCUUCGGGUCGAUAGCUGAGGGCCCCGUGAGACUGUACAAGAAGGUGCGCGGCCUGAACCUGACGCUGCACCGCUAUAAGAAGCUGGCGGCCUUUAAGAAGUGGUCUCUGGACAACAAGUUGACAGCGGAACCAUGCAGCGAGGAGUCGCCAAAGAAGCGCGCGAAAACCGCCGCGGAUGCGAUGCUCACGUGGAACAAACCUGUCGACGAAAUUCCUCUGGUGUUUCCGCAAAACGGCGUCGCUUACUGUGAACCUGAGCUGAAAACCUCCCAAGAGGCCUCCGAAACUGCGCCGUCUGAACGCAGCCGUUCGGCCCGCCUGAAUUUGAGCGAGGGUCCCAGCAGAAACGACUCCUCCAGAAUCUUGUCGUUCUUCACUUCGUUGCUGGGGGCGGUGCGAGAAAACGGCCGCAACAGCCGCGAUCCGUCAAAGGCGUUCCAUGAACCUGCUUCGUAUGGCAUGCGUUGUCCCCCUGGGACGGGCGAAGCGGGUGACAAGGGGCAGGAAGAGGCCACGCUGGUUGAGCCUGCGAGCGGUGGAAUGACACCCCCGGUGCCCUUAAACAGCGACGCGGAUGACGAGUGGGCGGUAACCCAUAAGCAAAAGGCAGGUGCCGGCAACGAGGCCGCUCUCCGCAUAGUCGACGUCGCCGCUGCCUUGCAAGAACACGCCGCAAAAUUGGAAUCUAUGUUACCACUGGCUGACAAUCGUGCGAAUGAACAGGGGAGAAAAGCUGACACUGUGGCCCCCACAACCGUCAAACAAGCUGAGGGAGCUACCUCACCCGCGAUAACCAUGUCCCCCGCAGAAGUGUCACCUCCGUCCGAGUUGCCACCCGGAAAGAGGUCACCUUUCGAUGCGUUCUCUAAAGACAAGCCACUCGGGGAAGCGUCACAUUCUGGAGUGAAGUCAAGUUCUGCAGAAGUGUCACCUGCGUCAGAGUUGCCACCCGGAAAGAGAUCACCUUUCGAUGCGUUCUCUAAAGACAAGCCGCUCGGAGAAGCGUCACAUUCUGGGGUGAAGUCAAGUUCUACAGAAGUGUCACCUCCGUCCGAGUUGCCUCCCGGAAAGAGAUCACCUUUCGACGCGUUCUCCAAAGACAAGCCGCUCGGGGAAGUGCUACCUCCCGCAUUGAAAUCAACUGCUAGAGGAGCGCCAUCUUACGGAAUGAAGACCCGUUCUGCGCAAAUGUCGACUUCUAGAGGAGCGCCAUCUUACGGAAUGAAGACCCGUUCUGCGCAUAUGUCAACUUCUAGAGAAGCACCAGUUUACGGAAUGAAAACCCGUUCUUCACAAAUGUCAUCUUCUAGAGAAGCAUCAGCUUACGGAAUGAAAACCCGUUCUGCACCAAUGUCAACUUAUAUGGAAGCACAAGCUUACGGAAUGAAGACACGUUCUGUACAAAUGUCACCUCCAGGAGUAAUGUCAACUUCCAGAGGAGCGUCACCCCCUGGAGUAAUGUCAGCUUCCAGAGGAGCGUCACCUCCAGGAGUAAUGUCAGCUUCCAGAGGAGCGUCACCUCCUGGAGUGAGGUCACCUCCCGGAGAAGUGUCGCCUCCUGGGGAAACGCCCCUCGCCGCAGAAAUGCCACCCGGUGCAAAACCAGACGGUAUAGGUACCACGUAUAUGAACGCAGGCCUGCGGAUUACGGUGGGGUCAUCAUCGCCGCCCCCGCAGCAGGGGAGCGUGGCUGUCGGACGCCGUCGGGGCAAGUGGAAACGGGACGAGGUGCUAUUGCUGAUAGAUGCAAUAAACAGGCACGGCGUGGGCAGGUGGGCCUACUUCGCCGCCACGUACUUCGGCGGCCGACGGACCGGAAUGCAGCUGAAGGACAAGUGGUCCAACCUCAUGCGCUACAAGUACGUGUACCAGGACACCUCGGCUAGGGGCCCUAAUGUCACCGAAAGGCCGCCGUGGAGGCUAGUUGACAGCUUUUGA